UUUGGGGAAAAAUUUGCUUGAGUCUGUCAAAUGCCAAAACAGUUUUAAGAAGUUUUUCGUGCUGCCCAAUUUCUGCGAUUUAUUGGGGAAAAUCCCAGUGUUUGCCCUAAAUUUAGAGAAAAAUUGGUAGAAAUUGUACUAAUGGCUGCGAUGAAGAUAUACUCCUUGGCCAGAACCGGCCAUCGGUUCCUGGGUGUAACAGCUCAACUGCGUCACUGUUCAUCUGUUCCGGCACCCACUUCUACGGGUAAAGGAGGAGGAAAUUAUGUGUAUGUGAAUGAUAAACCACCCAGUAUGGAAUGGGGUGAUAUCACAGAAAGGGCUGCGGCAAUUAUGUUCUGGACUGAACUUGCACGUGGAAUGGGAGUUACUCUGGCUCACAUUUUCAAGGAACCCGCUACUAUAAACUAUCCAUUCGAAAAAGGUCCUCUGAGUCCUCGUUUCCGCGGUGAACACGCCCUAAGGCGCUAUCCCAGUGGAGAGGAACGUUGUAUUGCGUGCAAAUUAUGCGAGGCUAUUUGCCCAGCUCAGGCUAUUACCAUUGAAGCCGAGGAACGUGCUGAUGGAAGUCGAAGAACCACCAGAUAUGAUAUUGAUAUGACAAAGUGCAUAUAUUGUGGUUUUUGUCAAGAAGCUUGUCCUGUGGAUGCCAUUGUGGAAGGACCCAAUUUUGAGUUCUCAACCGAAACUCAUGAGGAGUUGCUGUACAAUAAAGAAAAGCUCUUGCUGAACGGUGACAAGUGGGAGUCGGAGAUUGCAGUGAAUAUCCAGGCAGAUCAUCUGUAUCGCUAAGUCCGACUCAAAUGUUUUGUGGUAUGUAGUUUGGAAUGUUAUUUAAAUAAAUAAGGGAAUCCUU